AUGAAUGUCUUGAGAGGAUAGCCAAUCGAAGGACUUUACAACAUCUACACGUAAUUAGAUGCUGUUACACACCGAGUAAACAUGUACGGUUGGACGGGUUAAAAUAUAUAGGACUGUUGCUCUUAUCGGUUAUUGACAGGAUGGACUACAAAGAAGUCAAACUAUCUUAUUCUCCCAGUUCGUAUUAUUCACUUAAGAGGAGGUACGCAGUGGUCCAGUGGUAACAGUGUCUGACUACGAAACCAGGGGUCGUGUGUUCGAGUCCCCGCUCCUCCAACUAAAAAGUACUAACAUAGGGAAAAGAGUCCCGUGUACGGGUGCUUUAAACCUGACGCGCUAAAGAACAAGGAAGGCUUCUGGAACUUGACCGUCUUCUGUAGCUUGCAUUAUCCUCUCACUAACAUUACUAACAGUCUUCUGGAGAAGACUCCUAUAUGGGUUACUAUAUAUAUAAACUAUAUACUAUAUAUAAACUUACAUAGAAACAAGAAAGGAGAUGCAUAAGGUCAUUAAAGCAAAGAAAUUUUCAUACCCAUCACCAUUUUUGAACAAGGCUUAACUACAGUCACGUAUUAUGCAAGAAAACGGGAAAGGAAACACUUGAUAUAUUUACGAAUGGGAGGCUGUGUUCCGGCGGUUUAAAAUAUUAUUCAUUACAAUUUCAAACACAUCGUUAGACAUUCUAUCGGGGAUCCACGUAUUUCUAGAUAAGCAAGAAUGACAUAUUUAGGACAUUCUCCUCGGAACAUUGAGCAAGAAUGACAUCUUGCUAUCAUGCUUAUGAGAAUAAGUACUUGGACAACAUUAAAAGAACCGGAUUUAUUCAGAAACUUCAAACAGAUUUAAAACUCAAAAACAGCUCUGCUAGUCGCAGACUAAAUGUAAGGUUGAAGAAACUCUCUCGUAGAAAUCUAGUUAUACAAAACGGCGGCACCGAAUUUCCAUCCUUUGUGGAUAAAAAGUGGCAAGGAAGAUUGAAAAGUUUUGAAAAUGUUAAAAAGUUGAAUGACUUAAAAGGAUGCGGUAAUGAAAUUUAUAUGAAAAGUUCAAUUGGCCGUGCUGGGAUUUGUUAUUCAAAACUAAGGACUGGUAUUCAAACUAACAUUGUCAAUCCCUUGUUGACAGCUGGUGAGCAAACUAAACCUGACUCGAUUGAUAAGAAGUUAGAGAGAUACUGUGAACAGGAUGGAAACGUUAAGGUUGCAUUGUGGUUAAACUCUCAGUCCAAAUUAAAGUAUACUGAUCAUUACGAGGAUAUUUAUUUAAACGGUUGUGAUAAUCACAAGCACCAAUCAACGGACAAUUAUUUGUCAAAGUUCACGAGACCAUGUGACACAGAUCGGUGCAGUCAGUCAAAUACUGAUGUUACACUCUUAAAUCCAUACGCAAAGAAAAUGUCUGUUUUCUGCGUAAAUUAUCCGGAUGAAUUUGAAAAUGUGGAAGGUAUUAGACAUAAUUCAACAGCCACAGGUGAUGACGUCAUUGAUGUAACAAAGAACGUCUACAAUAAAUAUAAUUACAGAAUUCACACGUGCAUUUGGUGCCCGUGCCUGUUGUUCUUCGUGUUUAUAUUUUGUAUUCCAGCUGUGAUAUAUAUGCAUAAAUCUGACAAAUGUUAUCAUGUUAAUGACUUAGACGAAGCUUCCUUCUAUGGGAGGAUAUCUACCGUAUUGUACGUAUGUGGACUGCUCGCUGCGCUCCUCUUUUAUUGUGCCCUUAUAUUAUUUCUAGUAAAUUUCUCGUAAGUCUUUAAAAUUGUUCCUGUUUCUUUUACUUAACAGGUGC